AUGGCUUCCAUGAGGUUUCUUCACAUGUCUUUCUUCUUCUUCUUUCUUGUAGUACUAGUACUACUCGUGUCCUGUGCUCAUGCAGACGACAAAUCCCAAGUGGAGAAGGCUUGUGGGCAAACCCCACACCCAGACCUGUGCGUUAGCUGCGUGAAUUCUGACCCCAGUAGAAGCACCAGUGAGAUCCCGGAAUUGACAUUUGAAAUACUGUUCUGCAUGAUGAGCGAAGCAACGCAUGGGCAUGAAGUAGCUGACCUGCAGGCCCAAAAUACCAGCAAACCCAAUCUCAAGCAGGCACUCCAAACCUGUAACGUCUCCCUCUUUUCAGCCUCCUAUGAUCUUACCGACUCUUUGAUGAGAAUGGAGGGCGAGGAUUAUCAAAAGGCCGAGGCUGAUUUGAAAAGUGCCAAUACGGCUGUGUUGCAGUGCUACAAGGCGUUUUAUAAGGAGCCGGUUGUUAUUAUUCCGCCUCAGCUCUUCUCUCACGUCGACCUUGCCGCUCGUUACUAUGAUGUUGCGCAUGUAUUCUUCCGUCUCAUUCGUAAAUAG